UAAGUCAGUGGACUCUCAAAUCCCCAACUCAAGCAUCAAUCGUCGUGACUCUGGCAAAGAUGAUCAAGAAGGAUGAGGACAACACCGCCUUCCUUGACGGCCUCACGGAGAAGAAGAUCGAUGUCUUCGCCGACUGGGAGAAAAAUUUCGAAGCUUACCCAGUUAUCGAGGUCUUCCAUUGGUGGCUCCAACCACAUCGCCAUGCGCGCUUCUAUGGCCUCCACCUCAGCUCGGCUCGUAUAGCAGUCGUCGGCAAUGUCGUUGCCAAAGAAAAUGCUGAUGUCAUCAUAUUGGAUGACAAUUUUAAAACUACAGUAAAUGUGGCCAGAUGGGGACGUUCAGUGUACAUAAACAUUCAAAAGUUUGUGCAGUUCCAGUUAACAGUUAACGUUGUCACUCUAAUGAUCAAUUUUGUUUCUGCAUGUGUCUCAGGAUCUGCUCCCCUUACAGCGGUACAACUGCUUUGGGUGAACAUGAUUAUGGACACUCUUGGUGCUUUGGCAUUGGCAACAGAGCCUCCAAAUGAUGGACUUAUGAAAAGGCCCCCAGUUGGGAGGGGUACCAGCUUCAUCACCAAGGCUAUGUGGAGAAAUAUCAUUGAUCAGAGUAUCUAUCAACUGGCUGUCCUUGGAGUUCUCAAUUUCUCUGGGGAGAAGCUACUAGGACUUACUGGUUCAGAUGCAACUGAGGUUCUCAACACUGUGAUAUUCAACGCAUUUGUGUUUUGCCAGGUGUUCAAUCAGAUAAACAGUCGUGACAUAGAGAAGAUAAACAUAUUCCGUGGAAUGUUCGACAGUUGGGUAUUUCUAAUCGUCAUGGUUUGCACAGCGGCCUUCCAGGUUAUCAUAGUAGAGUUCUUGGGAGCUUUUGCUAGCACUGUGCCACUAAGCUGGCAACUAUGGUUACUCAGCAUUUUACUUGGAGCAGUUAGCAUGCUUGUUGCAGUUGUUCUCAAAUUAAUACCUGUUGAAAGGAUAACUAAGCACCAUGACGGAUAUGAAGCGCUUCCUUCCGGUCCUCCAGAGGGCAUAGUUUGAAUAGGAGCGUUUCAGACGCCCUUUUUUCCUUCCCAAGGCUAGACAACGUCUACUGACUGAAACUAGUACGCCCUGAGACAGUCAAAAGGCCGUUUUAAGUUGCAGAGUUUUUUGUGUUGUUGGAAGUGACGGUCCUGUGAAAGCUCUGCUCGGUAUUUUGUUUUUGUUUUCAAAAAGCUAGAAGGGUUUGGUUCAGUCGGUAGAUUUGCUAGCAUUUUUCCUUCUACGAAUUCCCCACCCACAAAGUAAUUUGAAGCACAUUGCGACGCUUGAAAUCUUCAAAAUCGUUGUUUAGAAUUUUCGGUUAUCUGAUUGAACCUUGGUAUAGUUGGUUAGAAAGAAAUUUACGCUGUUCUUAAACGCAUGUGUGUAGGUUUUACGCGACGCUAUCUGCGUAUCAUUUGUAUUUCAGUGAAGAUUAUAAAUUGAAAUUGUGUUCAUAUAAGAC